UCUUAUUUGGGGGAGCGACGUUUAGCAGCCUCCAGAGAGCUCGAACAGCAGUCAGUCGCGAGCAGCAGUCAGCAUCCACGGAACUUACGGAAACUUGGGAAAGGAAACGUUCACUUGUUCAAGUCUCUCCACACACACCUCAAGUGACUGCUGAAGGAAUGGAACACCAGCUUAUUUGCUGCGAGGUGGAGACCAUCCGGAGAGCCUACCAAGAUUCUAACUUGUUGAAUGACAGAGUUUUACAGAAAAUGCUGAAAGCGGAAGACAAUUAUCUCCCCGCAACGAACUACUUCAAAUGUGUUCAGAAAGAAAUCGCUCCUUACAUGAGGCGAAUUGUCUCAACGUGGAUGCUGGAGGUUUGCGAGGAGCAAAAAUGCGAAGAGGAAGUUUUUCCGCUAGCUAUGAAUUAUUUGGACAGGUUUUUAUCUGUUGAACCCACACAGAAGACCAGGCUACAGUUAUUAGGAGCUACCUGCAUGUUUUUGGCGUCUAAAAUGAAGGAGACCAUCCCUCUGACUGCAGAGAAGCUUUGUAUAUACACCGACAACUCCGUCCGACCCAGCGAACUAUUGAAAAUGGAACUGCUUGUGUUGAACAAACUGAAAUGGGAUCUAGCGUCAGUGACUCCUCAUGAUUUCAUUGAGCAUUUCCUGUCUAAGUUGCCUAUCCAGCCGGCCUCCAGACAGACCCUGCUGAAACAUGCCCAGACCUUUGUGGCUCUUUGUGCAACAGAUGUAAAAUUUAUCGCCAACCCUCCAUCCAUGAUUGCUGCAGGAAGUGUGGCUGCAGCCAUACAGGGGCUCCAUCUCAAAAGCAUGGAUGAUGCCAUGUCAUCACAGAAACUUACCGACUUGCUGGCCCAAGUCAUCCGCAGUGACCCGGACUGUCUCAGGGCCUGCCAGGAGCAGAUAGAGUCCCUCCUAGAGACCAGCCUCCGCCAGGCUCAACAGCAAGCUGUCUCCACGGAAACCAAGAGCAUGGAGGAGGACGUGGACCUCUCCUGCACACCAACCGAUGUGAGGGACAUCAACAUCUGAUUGGAUGAUUGACUCGCCCCCAGCGAAAGAUAGACCAAUGAGACGAGCUGUGGAAAGAGGAGGCAUAGACUGGUGCUGACGACGCACUGCAGUCUGUCGCCUGUCUCUCUUCCUGUUCCUGACACACACACACUUGUGCUUCUGAGUGUGUGUGGCCUGAUUAUCUGGAGUGUGAUCAGUGUUUGUGUGCUCGUCUCAUUCCUACACUUGCUUCCUGCCUCCCCAUUGGCUACACUGAGGCAGCAUGAUGAACUAGGCCCAGCUACUCUUCCUGUUGACAAGACAAACUUGAAAAAGAGACAAAAUAUGUAGUACUGUAUGUGUGAGCGACUGAUGCUAAGAGAUAGACACGAAUUGCUGAAUAAUAAAUUAGGGCUUUUUUACUGUUCUGCAGACUGUGUACACCAGCCGUUUGUCAUAUGUAAACGUUGUACUGGGUGUGAUGGAAGAAGUUUAUGCUGACUGACUAUCUUAAUGUUACCCAUUUCUAAAGAAACUUGGAUUUAUUGUCCCUGUUUAGUGUUGCUGUUUGGAAGGGAACACGAUAGUUGGUUUGAAGCAAUCUCUGAAAUAUAAUUCUUUAGCUUUGUUUAAAAUCACUUCUUUAACCUCCCAAUUGUUGGAUAUGGAGACUGCAUGAUCUAGUUUUUUUUGCAUACAUAGCUAGUUUCCUCAUAAAUCUGAAUGGUGAUGGGUCCUAUCACACUGUUAGAAUGCUAACAACUCCUCUCCAAGACAGUGGAGCUAAUCAACAAGGAACUACUGAAUAUUUGCUAAAAAACUAAAUAGCAUUCUGCCAUCUCUGAGAAAUGAUCCGACCGUUAUACUAUACGUAAGAUAACUUGGUCCAAAAUAUUUAUCCUGUUGUUACCAUUCCAACAAAAAAAGCACUUUGGGUCAAUAGCUCUUUACUGACUAUUAUGAACCAUACUACCACACUGGCAGUGAACAUACAGGAUGGAAUAGUUUGGGAACAUUGACUGACUCACAUCCGUAAUGUUGAACUGGAGUAUAAAAUGUAGUGUAUUCUGGGAAAAAAAUUGGGUAAUCUACAUGUCCAGAUGUCCUCACCUGAGGGGUUUAAGGUGCUGUGCUGACAGUGGACACAGUUAAAGGUGCCAUACUUCAUCGUAGUCUGAUAGUUCACAAUUGCUGCCUUGGUAUCGGUAUUAGUUAUUCACACACACCAUCCGGAGCUUUUGAUAGUUAUGUAAUUCAUAGUGAUAUAUAGAUGAAUUCUAUUUAUUACAGAAUAUUAUUUUUGUUUUCCAGGCCAGUUGAUUACGUAAGGCUAUAAUAUAGGAUCGCUGACACUCUAGUCAGUGACACUGUUUAAGCCCCUGAUCACAAUCCUGCUACCAGACAUACAAGAACACGCUUGAAAGUAUUUAAUUUGCUCAGUGAAUGUUGAGGGAGGAAAAAAAUAGAUAAAUGAAAGGUCAUCUGUGUAAAAAAUGGACGAGUUUGAAAUCAUCCAUGAGAAAAAAAGAAAAAAAUGAAAUGGCUUUUAGAUUAUUUUGCACAAAUUCAAAGAUGUUUUUUGCGUUAUUGUUGG